AUGAAUGAGGACAAACAGCACACGCAGAAGGAAGGAUCACUGCUGGCAUGGUCUCUGGCUAUCGAUCACCGCGAGAACAACCAACUUCUUACUGAGAUGAUGUCUCCCAGUGUGGUUGUGGUGGUGGUGUUGGCUGUGGUGGCGGCGGUGGUAGCUGAGCCAAGCUAUCCUAGACCUGAUCCCUGCUACCCCAAGACUGAGUACGUCACCCACUACAAGACCGAGUACCAGCAGGUUCCCGUCUACACAACUGUUUACAAGACCAAGGUCGUCCCCACCACCCUGUACCAAACCCAGUACCAAACCCAGUACGUGACCAAGUACGAGACCAAGUACGUACCUCAAUACGUCACCCAGACCGCAUAUAAGACCCAAGUCCAGUACGUAACCCAAGUCCAGACCCAAUACAAGACCCAAUACCAAACCCAGUACGUCACCACAACUGAAUAUGUCCCUAAAUACGUCACCGAGACCCAAUACAAGACCCAAUAUGUGACCCAGACCCAGUACCAGACCGUGUACAAAACUGAGUACCAGCCCCAAUAUGUAACCACGACCCAAGUACAGUACCAGACCCAGUACAAGACCCAAGUGGUCCCUCAGUACGUGACGGUCACUCAAACCAAGACCUACAAGACCGUCUGUCCCAAGCCUUCUUAUGGUUACUAAUGAUGAGAACAAAAUGAGGAAUGGAAAUUUGGUUGAUACUAAAUUUUAUGAAUAAUAAUUUACAUGAUUUCUUCUUGUUCUUUUUGUUCUUGCUCUUGU